UAUAUUUUUUGAUACAACUCUCAAAAUGAAUUAAAUACGUUAUUAGUAGGUACUAUACGUAAUUUAGUGAUAUAUUUAUUAAUAAUUUUAUUGUUUAAUUGUCAUAAUGGGUGCAGUAAACGUCAUAAUUUCCGUAUUAAUAAGUUACGCACUUAUUGCGAUUAUCUCGCGAGAACGAUAAAUUUUCGAUAUCAUUGACAUUAGCAAGGUAAAUGUCAAGGGUUUGUCCGCAAAAGUUGAUGUUUUAUUCAAAUACUCGGCGCAUUGAAAUUUUUAUGGCUUCUAGAAACAUUUUUCGUUAAAUUAGUUUCUGAUGACGUCAAUCUGAACGUAAAUUCGGAAAGAGUUUAUAAGGGGGCUCAAAAACCAAUCCAUUUUCUGAUUUAAAAUGGUUAAAAACGAUCCUGAAUCUAUUCAGUUGAGGUUGUUUUCCAAUCAGUUAGCUAUGCCGAAACUGGACGGAUUUGCCAGGUCCGGAUCUAAAAAGAAUGGCUCUUCAUCACCGUUAGAAAAGGACGAAGAACAAACGAUAGAAAUACCACCCGAUAUUCAGUUAUAUGCGAAUCAAGUAGCUGGCCAUGGACACGAAGGGGAAUCCUACGGACUUUUAAAACAGGACGAUAAGGUCCUGAAGCCCCUAACGAAACCCGCGAAUGGUGAGAGGGAAAUAAGUUUCUACGAAGAAUUAGAAAAAACUGGUGACGAUGUUCUGUUGGAACUGAAACAAUUCGUACCGAAAUAUUUCGGUACGAAGAUGGUCAGCAUAAAUGGCAAAGAUGUGCAAUGUAUCGUCCUGGAGGAUCUCAUUAAAAAUUUUAAGGACCCUUGCAUUAUGGACGUCAAAAUCGGGAGACGAUGUUGGGACCCUUCGGCUUCCUAUGAGAAGGUCAUACGAGAAAAUGAAAAGUACCACGAAAGCAGGAGAGAUCUGGGAUUCUGCAUACCGGGAUUCCAAGUUUACAAAAUAUCCAAUGGACGUCUGUGUCGUUACGGGAAGGACUACGGAAAAAAAUUGAACAAAGAUACAACGCAAGACGAAAGGGGUCGUUCAAGUGAAAGAGAUAGGGACAGAGAUCGUCGUAGAAGAUCCCGUUCGCGGGAACACAGAAGACGAUCUCGUUCAAGGAGUCGUGACCGGCGUAGAAGAAGUAGAUCGGGAUCCCGUCAUAAAAGUUUCUCUCGUCGUCGUAAGCCAUCUCUAUAUUGGGAUGUGCCUCCUCCAGGUUUUGAACAUAUCACACCUCUUCAGUAUAAGGCUAUGCAGGCCGCCGGACAAAUUCCUGCAAAUAUCGUUGCAGAUACUCCACAAGCUGCAGUUCCUGUUGUCGGUUCCACCAUUACAAGGCAGGCAAGACGUUUGUAUGUGGGCAACAUUCCCUUUGGUGUGACAGAGGAAGAGAUGAUGGAGUUUUUCAAUCAGCAGAUGCAUUUGAGUGGACUGGCCCAGGCUGCUGGCAAUCCUGUCCUUGCAUGUCAGAUAAAUUUGGAUAAAAAUUUUGCUUUUUUAGAGUUUAGGUCUAUUGAUGAAACAACACAGGCAAUGGCAUUUGAUGGAAUCAAUUUUAAAGGUCAAAGUUUGAAAAUUCGAAGGCCUCACGAUUACCAACCUAUGCCAGGUAUGUCAGAAACAUCAAUUACAGUUCCUGCAGGGGUAAUAAGUACUGUAGUGCCUGAUUCGCCCCACAAAAUAUUCAUCGGGGGACUUCCCAAUUAUCUGAACGAAGAUCAGGUAAAAGAAUUGUUAAUGUCGUUCGGGCAGCUUAGGGCCUUCAAUUUGGUCAAAGACUCUGCAACAGGAUUGAGUAAGGGAUACGCUUUUGCAGAAUACAUUGACAUCACUAUGACUGACCAGGCCAUAGCAGGUUUAAAUGGAAUGCAGUUGGGUGACAAGAAGCUGAUAGUUCAGAGGGCAAGUGUCGGGGCAAAGAACGCCACUGUUUUGCCAAGUGUUCAGAUCCAAGUGCCUGGACUCAGUCUCGUGGGGGCUUCUGGACCGGCCACAGAAGUUCUUUGCCUUCUUAAUAUGGUGACUCCCGACGAAUUAAAGGACGAAGAAGAGUAUGAAGAUAUCCUUGAGGACAUUAAGGAGGAAUGUAAUAAACAUGGAGUAGUCAGGAGCAUAGAAAUACCGAGGCCAAUAGAAGGAGUUGAUGUUCCUGGAUGUGGAAAGGUAUUUGUCGAAUUCAACUCUGUCUUGGACUGUCAAAAGGCACAGCAAGCCCUCACUGGUCGAAAGUUUAGUAACAGGGUUGUUGUUACUUCCUACUUCGAUCCAGACAAGUAUCAUCGAAGGGAGUUUUAAACAACUCUGCUUUAUACUGUUUUUAUUUUUCUGUUAUGAAAAGUAUAGAAAGAGAGAUAUACAAACAACUUGAUAAUUAGGUUAAACAUGAAUAAUUUUAAAUAUUGGUAUAUAAUAGUAUUAACUACGACAUGAAAUAGCAAGUUAGAGCUCGAUCGCGAUUCAUAUCUUACAUUUUGACGGUACCAGAUAAAACUUUUAAAACAAUAUUUUUUUUUGUGACGAAAUUGUUUGAUGUUUUUUGUGGCCAUUAAAGACGGAUACUUCUUUUUUA